AUGGUUAAUCUUAUCAAGUCCAUAAAGGCACAUAAUGAUAAGGCUUGGUGUGCUAAAUCACACCCAACUUUACCUUUGUUAGCAACAGCUUCCACAGAUAAAACAUCUCAUAUUUAUAAUUUGUCAGCUAAGAAGAACUUCCCAUUGUUGGCGAAGUUAGAAGACACACAUAAGAGAUCCAUUAGGUCAGUUGAUUUCAAACCUCCUCUAGGUGGGGCUGAGACACCAAUUAGUGAUUUUUUAGAUUUACCUGCUUUGGCUGCUGGAUCGUUUGAUUCAACUAUAUCAAUUUGGGGAAUUGAUGAGCCAGAAGAACGUGAUAGUAUGGAUGAAGACGAUAAUGAAGAAGAAACAAAUGAUAGACAAGUUCAGUUAUUAACGAGCGCUAAUAAUGAAUGGAACUUAAUGGCUAUAAUUGAAGGGCAUGAGAAUGAAGUUAAGUCGGUAGCAUGGAACUACCAAGGAAAUUUAUUGGCAUCUUGUUCUAGAGAUAAGACAAUUUGGAUAUGGGAAACAGAUCCAGAGACAUUAGAAGAGUUCGAAUGUAUAUCAGUUCUCAGUGAUCAUCAGCACGAUGUUAAGCAUAUUACUUGGCACCCAUCACAAAACUUAUUGGCAAGUUCAUCCUAUGAUGAUACUAUAAGAUUGUAUAAGCAAGACGAAGAUGAUGAUGAUUGGUCUUGUGUCGGAGUAUUAAACGGUCAUGGGGGAACUGUAUGGUGCUCGUCAUUUGAAAAUCCGAAUAGCCCAACUUUUGAGGCCAAUAAGAUUAGAUUGGUUUCUGCAUCUGACGAUUUGAGUGUUCGUAUCUGGUCCAGCGUUGUAGAGCAGCCUGAGCAAACUGAAAACACUACCGAAAGAUUGCCUACUUCAAUUAAGAGUAAUGAUAAUGAAAUGGUUUGGGAAGAAGAAGCCAUUUUACCUACUGUUCAUAAAUACCCUGUAUAUUCUGUAUCUUGGUCAGCGAAAAGUGGAAGAAUCAGUAGUGCUGGAUCAGAUGGAAAAUUGGUUAUUUAUAAACAGGCAGAAUCUAAUAAAUGGGAAAUCGAAUCUGUAUACGAAUCUGCCCACGGUGUUUAUGAGAUUAAUAGUGUAUCUUGGUGUACGUUAGACGAUAAGAGUGAGGUGCUUGUAACCGCUGGAGACGAUGGAGCUAUUAACAUAUGGGAACCUUAA